CCGGGAGGCGAUUUUCGAUUUCCCCCCAAUUUUUUUUCCCGCGCGGUUUCGCGCGAGGGGAAGGGCCGCAUUGGAUGAGGGAGGCGGAGGUUAGGCGGUUCUCCCUCCCGCCGAACCCGCGCGGGUUCUGGGCGGCGCUGCUGCUGGCGGUCGGAAGUCGGAUUGGGUGAUCUAGGGUUUAGUGCCUCUGAUUUGUGUUUCUCGGUUUGUCUUUUGCCGUGCCUAUUGUGAGUUCCUGGCCCGAUUAGACCCGCGGGGAUGGGGGGCUAGUUUGAGUUCCUCGUCGAGCUGUGAACGGUGCAUGUGAGGUUUUUGGACGGUUAAGUGAGUGGCCGUUUGUGGUGGAUGUGAUCGUUUGGUGGUGUGAUUCCGUCCCCGUGCAUUGGGACUACGUGUGCCCUGCUGCCUUUAGAGUUGGUAGGAUGAGAACUUGGUGCUCUGCUAGUUACUUCUGCCACUGCUCCCUGUGCCACGCUGGGCUUUUAAUCCCUAACGUGUUUUGUCAGUACAGUAUAAGUAUUGACUGAUUAGUGGCUUGGCUAUCUGAACCACCUGUGAACUGUUGGCAUGCCCUGCGCUGAACAACCAGUAAACUGUUAAAAGCAACCAGAGAUUGUGCGCAAAGCUCGAGAGUUUUCUGUGCUUUAGGCCUGUGAAGUUUAGACUCAAGAGUCAUGCCAGUAAUACUUCCUUAGCCGCUGUUCAGGAGUUAAUCUCUUCAUUGACAGGUGUUUGGUCGACCUAAUGUUAUUUUAUGUGUACACUCGCCAAUCUGACUGCUUCCUGCAUUAAUCGCAUUUAUGGUUACUUCAUAAAACCAGUUGCAAAAUAGCGUUUGUAAGAAACUCCAAUGCCUUUUGGGGCCGGCGGUGCACAUUUUGGUUCUCCUGUUUGCUGCUUGCUUAUUUGAGAUAUGGCACGCGAUGUUCUUGGCCAUCAGAAUUCCUGGUGACUGUUUUCGAAUGAACCCUUGUAGAGAUUGCACUUUAUUUUGCUGUUGUAGGGAGUAUACACUACCUGCCUUUGUUCAUGCCUCCCGCCACAAGAUGUAUACAACUGAUGUUCGGUACUAGCAUAUUUUUUAUGCGAAAUUUAUGUGACAAUCAAUUAAUAGAGCUCUGUAUCUGUAGUCCAUCCAUAACUACCCUCUUCUAAUACUUUGGAUCCAUAACUCAAUAAUUAACAUGAUAAUCUUAUCUUACCCAAAACUAUACCCUGGUGAAAACUGGGCCUGGAUCCAUGCACGUAGCGUCUCGUUUGUCCUUUUUCCCCAAAUUUACUGUGGCCUUCUGUUCUCAUACAUAUUCUUUAUUGAACUUGCUGCUGUUGAGAUAACAUGUUGGGGCCGUUUGGGAGGGCUUCUCCCAAAACGGCUUCACUAGUGAAGCCGAAGCUGGUGAAGUGAAAAAGAGUGGCUUCACCUGGCUUCUAGUUCAAUUUAGCACGGGCUUACAAAACGGUUUCACACUACAGUAUCUCGAUUUGUGUGAAACAGGUGAAGCCGAAGCCAAAAUAAGCCCUGCCAAACAGGCCGUACUUAGUCCUCCAUUCAAUAGUGAAACCUUUUUGCAAUUCCUCUCUGCCUCUGUUAUUCCAGAUCUCUCUAGAACUAUAAGCUUGCUAAAAUAUAAUCUCUUUGGAAAACAGUUUCCUGUAUUGUUUGCCGUUUCACUGAUUUUGUUCCUUUAUUCUGCAGGUGAUCUACUGAUCUCAGUGCUGCCCUGUUUCGCUGGCUGCAAGCAGAUGUGAUAAUGGACAACCUUGGGCAUAGAGAAAAUGGCAGGCAAAGGCCUGACCAAUUUAAAGCAGUUCAUACUCAGUGGAUGCUGCCUCAGCUAAAAGACCAUCAUAGUAUGAAUCUCCUGGCACUGAUGAAUGAGAAGGACAGUGCCAUCCGAGAAAGGGACCAUGCUCUCGCUGAGAAGAAAGCUGCUAUAGCUGAGCGAGACAUGGCGUUUGCUCAGCGGGAUGCUGCAAUGGCUGAACGGAAUGCUGCAAUCGUAGAAAGAGACAAUGCUCUUGCGGCACUGGAACUUGCCCGUACAAAUGGGUUCAAUAUGAAUAAUGGAAAUGGAUUUCACCAAGGACCUCCUCUCAAUGGUACAAAGAACAUCCACCACCAUGACCAGCUAUCUCAUGUACAAUCAUCACCAUUGCAGCUGGCCGAUUCUCCAUAUGACCAUGCCAGAGAAAUGCACAUAUCAGAAGCAUACCCUAUCACAACAGCUCCAGGAAGUAUUGGGAAGGGGAAGAAGCCAAGAAAGAAUAAUUCACAGGCUUCUCCAUUGAAGAGGCCAUCAGGUGUGCUCCGUAAAACCAAGAAAGCAGCCUGUGGCUGGAAGAAUGGGGGGAUGUCCGGUGGAGGUGCAGAUUCAACUCGUGCUUCUGUGAUGAAGAACGAGUGGAAGGACCAAGAUCUUGGCCUGAACCAGGUCCCAUUCGAUGAGUCAACCAUGCCCGCACCCGCCUGCUCGUGCACAGGGGAGCUUCGCCAAUGCUACAAGUGGGGAAAUGGCGGGUGGCAGUCAUCCUGCUGCACCAUGAGCAUGUCCAUGUACCCGCUUCCCGUGAUGCCCAACAGGCGCCACGCCCGCAUGGGGGGAAGGAAGAUGAGCGGCAGCGCGUUCACAAAGCUUCUCAGCCGGCUGGCAGCUGAAGGCCACGAUCUCUCGACACCAGUGGACCUCAAGGACCACUGGGCCAAGCAUGGCACAAACCGGUAUAUCACCAUCCGGUAGCACCGGCGCUCAUUGUUGUAUCUGCCAUUCAAGCUGGAAAGGGAGAUGGUGCGAACGUUGCUUCUCCUGCAUCCCUAGAGCAGCCUUACUGGUGCCAUAUUUUGUAAUGUCAUUGGUCUCUCGCGGGUGUGGGUAGACUUUUGUGUUCACAGGGCUGUAGGUUCUCCCCUUUCUGAACUGUUAAUUGUGCUCGUGGCGCUGAAAUGCUGCAGCCCACGAGAAUGCAAGUGUAAUUGUAGUUCCCAGGUAUUCACCGUGAGAUCAUUGUAUAGCUGUGAUAUCUGGAUUCAACUAGUAGUUGUGGAAGGUCGACUAUAAUUAGCUUCAGUAUCAUGGCACAUUCUACCUUCACGCCAUUUGGUGAGGGAUCUAAAUCAUCUUGGCCAUUUGGUGAUGGAUCUAA